UGGUAUUUUUUAGAAAAGCGGCAAAUAAAAUGUCCACAAUCCAUUAGACAAACUAUUCUUAAAGCUUACAUAUAUAAAUUAUUAUUAAAACGUAUUAACAUCAUUUUUAGAACUUACUUAGUAAACUGUUGAGGUGUUAGUGAAGUUCCUGUAGGCCCCCUAAUCCUCCCUGAAUUAGUCUGAACUAGGUUUCCAUAUAUAAAACACAGGCCUUCUGCAGUUAAGUCCAAUCAACCAAUAAAGAUGGAUGAAGAUGACGCCAAGGAAUACCGCUGGGAAACGGGUUAUGAGAAAACUUGGGAGGCUAUUAAAGAGGAUGAUGAUGGUUUCCUGGAGGCUUCAGUGGCGGAUAUUAUCUUAAGAGCAAAACGGCGGAGACAGAACCAAAAACAAGGUCACACUAAACUUGGAAUGAUGAGGCAUCUGUUCUUAAUUUUGGACUGUUCUGAAGCUAUGGGAAGUCAAGAUUUAAAACCUACCAGAAUGUUAUGUACAUUAAAGAUUCUAGAAGGCUUCAUAGAGGAAUUCUUUGACCAAAAUCCAAUAAGUCAAAUGGGAAUUAUUUUAAUGCAAAACAAGCGUGCCGAAAAGGUUUGCGAGCUGGCAGGAAAUUUUAGAAAACAUAUCAAAUAUUUGAAGACUUUAACAAAGACUAAUUUGGUUGGGGAGCCUUCACUUCAAAAUGGAUUAGAACAAGCAUUGUCCUCUUUAAAAUUAUUGCCAUCACAUGCCAGCAGGGAGGUCUUGGUUAUAAUGGGAAGCUUGACUACAUGUGAUCCAACUGAUAUUAGUGGUACAAUUGAUAAACUAAAACAGGAAGGCAUCCGUUGCUCUAUAAUUGGCCUGGCAGCAGAAGUUCACAUUUGUAGGACUUUGGCGACUGAAACAAAAGGCACCUACAAUGUUAUAUUAGACGAUAGUCACUACAAAGACCUUUUAUAUCAACAGGUAGAACCACCACCUGCAGCUGCUGCAUUGGAGUCUAGCCUGAUUAAAAUGGGAUUUCCUCAUCAAAUGAAUACGGAAGGAACCGAUGGACCACUUACCAUGUGCAUGUGUCACAUUGACAGUACCGAAGAAAGUAGUAAACUCAGUACGGGCGGUUACUACUGCACCCAGUGUUCCAGCAAAUACUGUGAGCUUCCAGUGGAAUGUAGAGCUUGCGGGCUAACUUUGGUCUCAGCACCACAUUUGGCCAGAUCAUACCAUCAUUUAUUUCCACCACCUAAUUACCAAGAAAUUCAGUUUGCCACCCAAACUGCCAUUUGUUAUGCUUGUCAGAAACCUUUUGGAGAUGCGGACAAACAAGUUUAUCAAUGCCUCACUUGUCAGAAAAUAUUCUGUAUAGAUUGUGAUAUAUUUGUCCAUGAAACACUCCAUACUUGUCCAGGAUGUGCGACGGAUUUGGCAACUUUUCAGCAGUCACACAGUUGAUAAAAAUAAUGUUUUUUUAAAUUAUAAGUUUUUUAAUAAAGUUUUUUUUUUAAA